CUUCGUAUAACUCACAAUAUGAAUUGCCAACAUUGAUUCAGUAACACGACCAAGCUCAUGCCCUCCGCGGCUCCCCUGCCAUCCAAUGAAACACCAAAUACCCAAUCUGGUCAAGAAUGGCUUCUACAAAGAAGCACUUUAUUUGUACGCACAACACCACUCUGCCUCGUUGCCUCCGCACAACUUCACUUUCCCUCCUCUGCUCAAAGUCUGUGCCAAGCUCCAAUCACCAAUUCAAGGCCGAAUCCUCCAUACCCAUCUCAUCAAAACCGGGUUUUCGGUAGACGUUUAUUCAGCUACAGCUCUCGGCGACAUGUAUAUGAAACUUAAUUUACUUGGUGAUGCUCUUAAGGCGUUCGACGAAAUGCCACAGCGAAACUUGGCCUCAUUGAACGCUGUGAUUUCUGGAUAUUCACAAAAUGGGUAUUCCAGAGAAGGUAUGAGGGUUUUCAAAGAAACGCUCCUUGGAUUGUUUAGGCCCAAUGCGGUUACUGUAGCAAGUGUUUUGUCUGGCUGUGACAGUGUUGAAGAUGGCACGCAAAUGCAUUGUUUGGCAAUAAAGUUAGGUGUAGAUAUGGAUAUAUAUGUGGCAACUGCAUUGUUGACUAUGUAUUCGAACUGUAAAGAAAUAGGUUUGGCUACAAGAUUGUUUGGAGAUAUGCGUAAUAAGAAUGUUGUGAGCUAUAAUGCUUUUGUUACUGGGCUUCUGCAUAAUGGGGUUCCACGAGAGGCGUUAGAUGUGUUCAGGGAGAUGAGGGAGUGUUUAAGUGAAGAACCUAAUUCAGUUUCUCUUACUUCGGUUAUUUCGGCUUGUGUAAGUCUUCUUAAUCUCCAGCUUGGUAGGCAGAUUCAUGGACUUAUAGUGAAAUUGGAGAUGGAAUUUGAUACUAUGGUUGGUACUGCACUUAUUGACAUGUAUUCAAAAUGUGGUCGUGUGCGCUGGGCUUAUGAUGUAUUUAAAGAACUAAAUGGACGCAGGAAUUUUAUUACAUGGAAUUCGAUGAUUGCUGGGAUGAUGCUAAAUAAUCAGACUGAGAAGGCCAUUGAGUUGUUUGAACAGUUAGAAUAUGAAGGACUUGAGCCUGAUUCAGCAACAUGGAAUUCCAUAAUUAGUGGGUUCGCUCAAUUAGGGAAGGGAUUUGAAGCUUUUACAUACUUUAAGAAAAUGCAAUUAGCUGGUGAAGUACCGAGUUCAAAAUGUGUUACAAGUCUUUUAUCAGCUUGUGCAGACAUGGCUGCUCUGAAGUGCGGAAAAGAGAUUCAUGGGCAUUUUAUUAGAACUGAUAUUGGUGAUGAUGACUUCUUGUGUACGGCACUUAUUUUCAUGUACAUGAAAUGUGGGUUUCCCUCUGCGGCACGAAGAGUUUUUGAUCAAAUUAAGAUAAAACCUGAUGAUCCUGCAUUUUGGAAUGCCAUGGUGUCUGGAUAUGGAAGAAAUGGAGAGUUUGAGUCUGCGGUUGAAAUUUUUGACCUAAUGCAGGAGGAAAAGGUAAAGCCAAAUUCAGCAACUUUUGUUAGUAUUCUGUCUGCAUGCAGUCAUACUGGUCAAGUUGAAAAGGGACUGCAAGUGUUUAGAAUGAUGAGCGAUGAUUAUGGUAUCAACCCAAAUCCAGAGCAUGUUGGUUGUCUAAUUGACCUUUUAGGUCGUUCUGGAAGGCUAGAUGAAGCUGAAGAACUAAUACAAGAAUUAUCAGAGCCUUCUGCUUCUAUUUUCUAUUCUCUGCUUGGUGCUUGUUGGUCUCACAUGAAUUCCAAGCUCGGAGAAGAAACUGCGAUGAAGCUUUCGGAGUUGGAGCCAGAAAACCCAACUCCUUUCGUGGUUCUAUCCAAUAUAUAUGCUGGGUUGCAAAGGUGGGAGAAUGUGGAAAGGACUAGACAAAUGGUAAAUGAUAGAGCAUUGAGGAAACUCCCUGGAAUUUCAAUUGGAGUUACUUGAAAAAAAAGAACUACAGGAAAUAAGAACUUCAUUUGAGUAAUAUCUGGUGUCCGCUCAUGAGGUUAUAGAUUUUAACAACAAAACUAUCAUUGACUCAACAUUUCUUUGGCUGAAAACCCAAAAUGGUCGUCGAAAUGAUUAGGAGGCUCAAAUAUGAAGCAAGAGAUCACAUCUCUUAGGGUAAUUACACCAGCAAGUUCAUCUUCCUUGUCAGCUACUACAUAGACUCUGUGAACAGACUUGGAAGCAAGAGUCUGGAUCACACUGCCGAGGGUUGAAUCCAGCUUGCAUGUUAUU